AAGGACAUGUCACUAAAGCCUCAGGAGCGGAAGGAGAAAUGGGAGAGGCAUCCAGGAAAGAAACCUCGAGAAUCUGAAAACUGUGUGUCUGCUGAGCCAAGUGAAAAUGGCCAUAAUAACGAUGCUGGGAGCUCUGAGAGAGAGGCAGAUCGAGGCAAAGAACGGGUGAAGAAGAAACUCCCUUUGAAGCUGUCCAAACAGAUGAAGGUCCCCACAAGCAGAAGUGGCAGAAAUAGCGAGGAGGACAGCAUCAGGGAGGCCACAAGCUCGCAGCGGAGCAGCUCGAGGGACCGGCUCAGUGAUUGUGACAGCGAGAGUGAUAUUGACGAUAAGGCUUCUGUAGGCUCUGAGAAGCUAUUCUCCCCUGCAGCAAAUAAAGGUCCCACCUUGAAUGACAAGCCAGAAGUGAAAGCAGCCAAUGUCCCAAAGGUGUCUGGGCUAGAGCGGAGCCGGGAACUGAGCACCGACGUGCCCUUCGCCCUGCCUAUCCCCAGCCCCCAGCCAGUAGCUGCUGUUGUGACUUCUACUUCCUCAGCGCCCACGUCAAGCGCCAGAGCAAGCCCGCUGUUGAAGAAGGAGCCAGUGAUUUCAGCACCAGCACCACCAAGGCUCACGCCUCAGCCGCAGCCUCGGCCACAGUCACAACCUCAACCUCGGCCGCAGUCUCAGCCUCAAUUAAUACCUGAGCUUCGGACCCAGCCUCAGAGUCACAUCCCUCCACCUCUCAACUACCAAGUGCAUCAUCAGGUGGCCCACAACGGACUAAAUAAUAUCAGCCGGAGCAGCAGUGCUAGUAGUGCAACAAGCAUCAGCCUUCCGAAGCACCUUCCCCUCUCUCCCCAGAUCCCUCCGCACCAUUCCUCCGGCCCAGCCCUGCCCCUCUCCAUCUCUAAUCUUGCUACCUCGCACUUCUCUCUCAGAUCGCAGACCCAACACCAGCACCAUCCGGCCAUGUUCGCCACCCCACCCACGCUGCCACCUCCACCAGCGUUACCUACCAACAGCCUCGUGAUACCAGGUCACCCUGCAGAUACCAGCCUGUUGAUAUCAUUCAACCAACCAAUCAUGUAUUGCCAGCCUCAUUCGGGGAUUCUGAUUGGUACUUUGUCACAGGCAUCUCUCUUACCUCCACCAAUGAGUCCUCACGUAGAAAACCACCACAGCAUGACCUGCAGAAACAGGGAAUGCCAGGUGAAUAUUGACUCUUUCUCCUCCGUCUUUGUGGAACUCACAGGCCCACGGGCCUCUGUGUCUUUUUUUUUUCUCUCUCUCUCUCCUCUAGAUCACGAACUGCUCAGGCAAGAGCUGAACAACCGGUUUUUGGUUCAGAGUUCGGACCGGGCCGCUGCCUCACUUGGCCCGGUGCCGCUGCUGAGAGCGGAGUUUCACCAGCACCAACACACGCAUCAGCACCAACACACCCACCAGCACACAUUCACUCCUUUUCCAUCCAGCUUGCCCCAGACGCCGCUCAUGCCGCCCUCUGCACCUCCCAUGGUGCGUACCCCAGCCCAAAAUUUUGACAAGUACGCUCCCAAAUUAGACAACCCUUACUUUCGACAUUCCAACUUCUUUCCAACCUAUCCUCCAGCAAUGCCUGGAAUGCCACCCAUGCUUCCACAUUCAGGUCCCUUUGGGUCACUUCAGGGAGCAUUUCAACCGAAGACUUCAAACCCUAUUGAUGUAGCAGGUAGACCAGGCACAGUUCACCACACCCUUCUGCAGAAGACUCCAGGGGUGUCAGACCCUUACAGGCCUCCAGUAAGAGUAAGUAAGAAACCCGGGAAGUGGUGCGCGGUUCAUGUACAGAUUGCCUGGCAGAUCUACCAUCACCAGCAAAAGAUAAAGCAAAUGCAGCUGGAUCCCCACAAGCUAGAGAUAGGUGGUAAACUCGACCUGUUCAGCAGACCUCCUGCCCCCGGGGUGUUUCCAGGCUUCCAUUACCCACAGGAUCUUGCCAGGCCUCUGUUUUCAACCACAGGUGCGACACAUCCAGCCACCACCCCCUUUGGUCCUUCACCUCAUCACAGCAGUUUCCUGCCUACUAACCACUUGGCAGAUCCAUUUAGCAGGUCAAGCACCUUCAGCGGCCUUGGGAACUUAGGCAGCAAUGCCUUUGGAGGAUUAGGCAGUCAUGCUCUGACUCACAACAACAUUUUUACUCACAAAGAUGGCCCAAACCUGCAGAAUUUUAAUAAUCCCCACGAGCCAUGGAAUAGACUCCAUCGGACCCCACCGUCCUUCCCAACACCACCACAGUGGCCCAAGCCAACAGAUUCGGAGCGAAGCUCCUCAGUGACAAACCACGACAGAGACAGAGAGCGGGAGCCCGAGAAGAGGGAUCUUUCGCUGAGUAAAGAUGACAGAGACAAAGAGCGAGACCUCAUGGAUAAAAACAGACAUUCAAACAGAUCUUCACCGGCAUCAGCUCCAGUGACGCAUCAGAUAAGCAAUCUCAUUCGCAGCAACAGCCAAACCUCCAGUGAUCCCAUCAGGCAGGUUAGCCUUGGUGAAAGAGAAAGGUCCAAAGAACCAGAGAGAGAGCACCCUGACCGGCUGAGAGAGCCACCCAUAGCAGAACACAAGAUUAAAGAGAGCCGUUCCCCGGUGAAGGAAACUCCAAGCCAUGAUAAGAGACCCUCUGAGGACAACACAAAGCCAGUAAUCCAGUCUGUAUCCCCAUACAGCAAACCUGCACUAAGUGAGAGCUUGAAGCUUACCAAUCUAAUGAGCAAGGAAAUGGAGAGAAAGACAGAGCUUCCCAGUGACCUCCAGAAGAUUAAGAAUGACAUCAAAGUCAAAGAGGAGAGGAAGGAAGACAGUGAUGUACUAGUGGUAGGAUCUGAACCUUCACAGCACUCCCGAUCAGUGGAGCAUCCCCCACCACCUACUUUGCAUGGAUUAUCAUUGCCUCAUUCAAUGGCUGCCUCAAUGCCUAUCUCCAUGGGCAGUGUUCACCAGAUGAACAACAUGAAUGUGCUGGACCGCAGCAGAAUGAUGACCCCACUCAUAGGCAUGAAUCCUUUGUCAGGAAGAGAGAGGCUGCCACACCCUGGAUUUUCUUGGGACCCAAUGAGGGACCCAUUGCGAGAUGCCUACCGGAGCUUAGACCUGCACCGUCGAAUGGACUUUCAGCUCCGGACGGAUCCUAUUCAUAGGUUCCCGACCACCUCUGGAUUUUAUGACCAUGAGCGUUCUUACAGAGACAGGGAGCCACACGACUAUAACCAUGAAAACCUUCUUGAAGCCCGCCGAGAGCAGGAGCGGUUGCGGCAAGUGGAGGAAAGAGAGCGCUUGCACUUACGGGAAGAACUUGAGCGUGCCAGAAUGCACCACUUGCACUCGUCCCCUAUCGAAAGUCACCUGGCACACGUGCCAUCCUUCAUGCCUCAUUUAAGCGGGAUGCAUUACCCCAGACUGAGUCCAUCCACUGCCAUGCACAAUGGGAUUUUAAAUAGGAACCCACCAACCGCAGCGCUGAGCGCCCCACCGCCUCUUGUACCAGCGAGCAGCACCAGACCUGCCUCCCCACGCAGGACUACUCCACUCACAAACUCAGAGUCCAGGGACUAUUCCCCCUCUAGGAACCCCAAAGAAGUAGAGGCACGAUAGUCCCCAACAUUGAAUUUUAAACUCGCCUGUACAUAAAAAAAAAAAAACCAACAAAAAAAACAAACAGAAAAAAAAACAAAAAACAAACCUUUUACAAAAUGCACUGCUGUAAACUUUUUUUUUUUUAAUGUAAAAUUUGUAGAAGUUAAGCACAUUUCCAUAAAUAAUGGGGUCGGGGAUGCAGACUUUCCAACAAGAAGGUUGCUGAGAAUGGGAAUUUAAUAUAUAGGUAUUGAUUUUUGGUUUUGCUUUUUGUUUCUGUGCUAAAAAAAAA